AUGCUUUUUUACUCGUUUUUCAAAACGUUGAUUGGUAAAGAAGUUACCGUCGAAUUAAAAAACGACGCGAUCAUUACGGGUAAGCUCCUUGCUGUUGACCAACUUUUGAACGUCAAGAUGGAUACCUUGAAAAGCGACAACGCUCUCUUCCCGCAAUUCCAAACCCUCACGAACUGUUUCAUUCGUGGAAACACUAUUCGUUACAUCUCGAUGUCUGAGUCUCUUAUUGACAUACAACUCCUCCACGACGCGACGUUACUCGAAUUGAAUGAAGUCAAAGAUAAGUGA